CAAUGAAAUGUACAGUAUUUACGGUACACCUACCAAACGGGCCAUACAUCAAAACUGUAACAUGAAAGUUAUAAACUGAUACAAGUCGCUAUCGACGUCGUCAAUACAACGCGGGCUUUCCCACACACUAUACAAACAUGUUCACCCCCUGGAUUCGAAUCGCUCUCUUCAUUACGGCAGCACUUGGAGGACUAUUCUUUACUAUUGGAAUUUUCGCACCCGGAUGGGAAAUAACACAUCAGGGGAUGACCCUAAAAGGAAUUUGGUUUAUACUAUCAUGUGGGAAACAGUCUAAAAGUUGUGAAUAUCAAACGUAUUUAGAAAAAUACAAUCAAGACAAAAGUAGUGCACAUUUCUCCUGGGUAAAUGAGUACGAGUAUAGUACAGCGGUAGGUAACCAGGUGCUCGCCAUCAUCGCCCUCCUGUCACUGUACCUCGGGCUAUUCAUGUCUCUCGUCGUUACAGGAGUCCAACGUCUGGCAAAUAUAGCAGCAUUUCUAGCAGCUCCCUGCUACUUUACAUCAGCCGCCCUUAUAUGGACACAUAUUGGUCAGGAGUCUGCUGCUAUGAGUGCAAAGAAUCGCAUUCACUUUCUGGAGGUGAGCCCGGAGCAUCAGCUGACCCCGUACUCAAUGGUGCUGUGUGGUUUUGGUUCCUCUUUGACAGUAUGCGUGGCCAUUGCUUAUCUGAUAUCUUCCGUGCAAUAUCUUAUGCGAAUUCCAAUGGAAAAAUAUCAACAAUUUUAAUGUGUAUAGCAUCGAUGCAAUUUACAGGCAUAGCGGUGGGAUAAGGACGAGAUUUUUUGAGGGUAGAUAAAGGGAUUGCAGUUAAGACUUUUUUUAUUUGGUCCCCGAGUUACAUGGGAAUUUUAAUAACUCACCAACUUCAAAAAUGUCUACACAGGCAGUGGAGUUGAACAACAAAAAUUCAGAUCUUACAACUUUCAUAAGAAUGGUAUUCUCAAUACAUGUCUAGAAAAAAAAUGCAGUGCGUUCUGCCGAAGAUACACGUUUGCGAAUUUUUAUGGACGUUACAACCAGAGUGAUAAUAUGAAAGUCAAUUUUACAUUGAGUUUGUAACGUUUAUCGCGUCGAAUAUCAGAAUAUGGUAUAAAAAGAAGUAUUUAUUAUUUGAAGAAAAUCAGAGAGUUUCACUUCAGGGAAACGACAACCAACUUCGAGAUGGAAGCCUGUUUAAGCUUUUUUCUAUUAGCUCAAUGUAUGUACCUAAAGAUACAUAAAUCAAAAUAUCAUUUGGACGGGAUGUUGUACGGCAACAAUAACAUUUUGUAUAUACCACGUGGUUGAGUAAUCUAUUGAUUAUUAAUGUAUACUUAACAAGACAAAGUGCUUACAGGCCAUAUAUGUCUAUGACAAAAGCCUUUGCAAAUUUCAAUCACACGACACUUUGGUGCUAUUAUCUAAAUUAUCUCCCUUUGUCCAAACUACACAACAUUCAUCAGUGCUAAGCUACAAAAAUAUCCAGUGUAUUCUAUUUUGUUAUUUACACCCACAACGAACAGCUUUGAUUUUUACAACACAUCCACUGCGCUUCUGAAUAUGCACAUUAUGCUUAAUCAUUAUUCGUCACAAUCCAUCAACAAAUACAGGUCAUUUUAUCGUCAAAUAUGGUGUUGUUGUUCUUUGCUUUUUUCAUUUGUCGAAUUCAGUUUUUCAAACCACUCAUACAUAUGUAAAGAGCCACAGAAAUGCCAGUAUCUGUAUUGACAUCCAAUUUGA